AUGUACGACACGUCGGCGGUACCGAUUUUCACGGGACAAAACUACUCCGCGUGGAAGUUUAAGUUCCAAGUGCUCAUGAUGGAGCGGGGACUUUGGGGUCUCUUCGAUGGGACGGAGAAGAAGCCGGACGACGAGAGCGACAUCGCGGCUUGGAAGAAGAAGGACCAAAAGGCGUUCGCUACGCUAAUCUCGCGGAUCGGCAUCAACCUCGUGAGCUCGGUGCGCACGUGCAUCAAGCUCGAAGCGUCGGCGCAUGAGGCGUGGAAGCGGCUCGAGACGAUUCACGUAAACAAGACCCUUCAUGGCAAGAUCCUAGCCCGGAACGCGUUCUACACGGUGAAGUUGCGCGCGGGCGAAUCGAUGCACGAGUAUGCGACUCGUGUGGAGGAACUUGGGGAAACGUUCGUAGACCUCGGUGGAACGGUCACGGAGGAGGAUUGGAUUUUGACCUUGCUUUGCGGUCUUCCGGAAGAGUGGUCGACAGUGAUAACGACACUCGAUAGCGUGCAAGACACUUGGACAAAGGAAACGGUGGUCGGUCGGCUUCUCCAUGAGGAAUCGCGUCGCCGACAAUUCGCUAAUGAGAGCGUGGAGACCGCCAUGUUCUCCGGAGGGAGUUCCGGAGGAAAGUCCAAGUGGAGCAAGGGUGCGACGAAGAAGUCGUACGGUGGAAGCGAUCGCGGCAAGGGGAACACAUCAAACGGCGCGAGCAAGUUCCACUAUUGCGGCAAAGCGGGACACUUUUGGCGAGAGUGUCGGAAGCGUCCGAGCGAUUGGACUCCAUCAAAGGCGCGGAACCAAGAGGGCAACGCGCACACGGCAUCCGGCGAGGCGGAUGAUACAAGGGAGUCGAUCGUGUUAUUGGCCGGUGACGGGACCAACACUCCAAACGACGCGUGGUUCCUUGACACCGGCGCAACACAACACAUGACGCACUCGGCAUCAUUCCUCACCAACGUUGGUGCACCGGUAGACGUCACGCGCGUCGUCUUCAGAAACGGCAAGUCGCUACCGGUGGUCGGAGUUGGGAGUACGCGUCUCAUCGUCGAUGGCGGACCGGUGGACAUCACGAACGUGCUUCACGUCCCGGGAUUGAAGGUGAAUCUACUCUCCGUCACUCAACUCGCGAAGAAGGACGUGAAGGUCACCAUCGAUGGCGCGACGAUGAACCUCUUUUGGAAGGGGAAGCAAUUCGCACAAGGCGUUCUCAACGGAGAACUUUACCAACUCAAGACGCACCCGAGAGCGGCUUCAUCCAACAUGGCUUCAUCCAACGUGGCGCAAGGCUCUAAGACAACUCUCAAGGCAUGGCAUAAUCGGCUUGCGCACGCCAACUACGACUCGGUCAAGGAGUUGGUCAACAAAGGACUCGCGAAGGGAGUCGACGUGAUCGCCGGCGACGACGAGAAGGGCGUGUGCACGGCGUGUGUCGAAGGAAAAAUGGCUCGCAAGCCAUUUGACAAGUUCCCGUCGAAGGAGAAACCCACUGAACAAGUCACCUUCAUCCUUCCGCCACGAGAGGAGGUUGAAGAGAGUGAGUCUCCACCCCAAGUGGAGAAGGAAGCCGAAGAUGGAGGGGGAGAGGACAACGAGGAGAGCGUUGAUGAUGUCGUGGAGGUGUCACCUACCAAGGCGGCAACUACCUCCACACCUACCUCCCUACCAUUGGCCUUGACCCGCGGGCGUCGUGAAGUUCGUCAUCCCCCCAAGUACAACGACUAUGCUACGGUAGCCGUUGGGGAGACGGAUAGGGAGGGCGCGGCAUUUUGCUUCGCGACCAAGGGUGAUGAUGAACAAGCGGAACCUCUCAUGGAACCACCCCCUAAAGAUCCAUCCCGUGCAUGCUACGAGCAUGUCGGAUUGCACACCUAG